GCAUAGCCCAUCAUGAGCAAAUCGCUGUCGCUACCGCGGCAAGCAUCGAGAAUAGUCAAAACCGCAUCACGAAAUCCUGCGCGACUACAACAAUAUGCUACUGCGUCGCGAACACCACCUUCACCUCCAUCCGCAGAACCGACCGACCUCGACCAAAUCACGACGCUCCCCAACGGCGUCAAAGUUGCCUCAGAAUCGCUGCCGGGCCAUUUUUCAGGCAUCGGCGUUUACAUUGAUGCCGGCUCACGGUAUGAGACAGAAGCGCUACGAGGAGUGUCCCACAUCAUCGAUCGACUGGCCUUCAAAAGUACGACAAAACGCACAUCAGAUCAGAUGACGGAAGCCAUAGAAGGAUUGGGUGGAAAUAUCCAGUGCGCUUCAUCGAGGGAGAGCUUGAUGUAUCAGUCGGCCACUUUCAACUCUGCCGUGCCGGAGACCGUCGAACUGCUGGCAGAGACAAUACGCGAACCCGACAUCACCGAAGAAGAGGUGCAGAGACAGCUGGAGACUGCAGACUACGAAAUUGGUGAGAUAUGGGGAAAGCCAGAGCUGAUAUUGCCAGAGCUGGUGCACAUGGCUGCCUACAAGGACAACACACUGGGCAAUCCCUUAUUGUGUCCGAAAGAGCGGCUGGAUCACAUCGACGCCAGGACCAUUGAGGCAUAUCGCAAAGCCUUUUUCCGCCCAGAUCGUAUCGUCGUGGCCUUUGCUGGUGUUCCUCACGAUCAAGCCGUUAAGCUAGCCGCACAGUACUUUGGAGACAUGACGGGACCGGCCACGACCCAUGCGCCUCCACUCGAGGUCAAGACAUCACAGGUACAGCCUCCUUACCCGACUUCACCACUCCCGUCUCAAAAAGACUCGCGACUUUUGUCGAAGAUUCCGUUCCUGAAAAACCUUUCCACAUCCGCCACUCAAAAGGCUACGGUCUCACCUCUUGACCCUGCACAGAUCAUGCCGCACCCAUUAGAUGCUCCCAUCGAUUUCAGCCUCCCAUCACACUACACCGGUGGCUUCCUAACAUUACCACCCCUCCCAAUACCGCCGAACCCUGCACUUCCUCGAGUCUCGCACAUCCAUCUGGCAUUUGAGUCUCUGCCCAUAGCUUCCCCGGAUAUCUACGCCCUCGCCACUCUUCAGACACUUCUUGGGGGCGGAGGCUCUUUCUCUGCAGGUGGUCCUGGAAAGGGAAUGUACAGCCGUCUCUACACCAACGUCCUUAACCAGUACGGUUGGGUAGAGAAUUGUGUAGCUUUCAACCACGCAUACACAGACUCUGGACUUUUCGGCAUCUCUGCGAGUUGUGCGACGCAAUUCGUUCCGAGGAUGCUGGAUACCAUGGCCCGGGAACUUAGUCUGUUGAGCGCGGAAACAGGUUUGGGAAGAUUGUCAGAAGUAGAAGUUAAGCGCGCCAAAAACCAGCUUCGCUCAUCCCUCUUGAUGAACCUGGAGUCUCGAAUGGUGGAGUUGGAAGAUCUGGGAAGACAGGUGCAAGUUCAUGGAAGAAGAGUUCCGGUCAAAGAAAUGGUUUCGAAGAUCGAGGCAGUUUCCAUUACUGACUUGAGAAGAGUGGCCAAGCAGGUCUUCUCGGGUGGAGUCAUCAAUCUGGGACAGGGAUCUGGUGCGCCUACUGUUGUGUUGCAGCAGGGCGAGGAGGAAGGUGUACAGCUCAAGGAAUUGCCGUGGAAUGACAUCCAGGAGAGAAUUGCGAAGUGGGGUUUAGGUCGAAGGUGAGACAAGAGAUGGAGACAGCAAGAAAGGGGGUAAUGAACAGUAUGUAUGAUAUUGUACAGAUUCAAUCCUGACUCAUAGCGAUGGCGCUGCCUACCUUGACUUUGUAGAAUAGAUAUACAAUCAGAAGAGGGCGGCUGCAUUCCAUGCGCCUACCAGUAAGAGAAGC